UGACGGGAGCGAGCGAGCGAGCGAGCUGAGGGGCCGCCGUUGCCGAGGAAGAGGGACCCGCGGAGCGCCUCGUGUGCGCCGAGUUGGGAGGCUGUCUCGCGGAUGAGGGUUGCGCGCGGGUGCUGCGCGGGGAAACCUGAGGCUGUGGAAGGGAGCGGAGACAGCACGCUGGCCGGAUUUGCAAGCGAAGACAAGCCCUGAAUGCUGACUCGAGCGCGGUGAAAAUCAGUACGGACCUUGGAGAGACCCCAUGCAUUAAGUAUGUCUAGGAGAAAAUCAGAAAACAAAAACAUCCCAGGCUUGUUGCUUAUAUCUCCUCACACACAGAUAAAGGCAGAUAAUUUCAACCAUUUCUAUGAAGUUGAACCCAAGGAAUUGGGAAGAGGAAAAUUUGGUGUGGUUAGAAAAUGUAUUGCGAAAGCUACAGGCCAGGAAUAUGCAGCUAAAUUUCUGAAAAAGAGGAGAAGAGGCCAAGACUGCAAAGCAGACAUUUUGCAUGAAAUUGCUGUUCUCGAACUAACAAAACCAAGUCCUCGGGUCGUAAAUCUCCAUGAAGUCUAUGAAACAACAAACGAAAUCAUCUUAGUUUUGGAAUAUGCAGCUGGAGGAGAAAUCUUUAAUCUAUGUCUCCCUGACCUAGAAGAAACCAUAGAGGAAAUUGCUAUCAUUAGGCUUAUACGACAAAUACUCGAAGGUGUUUUCCAUUUGCAUCAAAAUAAUAUUGUGCAUCUAGAUUUAAAGCCCCAGAAUAUUUUGUUGAGUAGUGUAUGUCCCCUUGGUGACAUAAAAAUAGUUGACUUUGGUUUGUCUCGGAAUAUUGGAAAUUUUGGUGAACUACGAGAAAUUGUUGGAACACCUGAAUAUCAAGAGAGCGACCAACAGCAGAGGCCUGCCUGUCCCACUCUUGGCUUAGGCAAGGAGAAUUCCUAUUGUGGUAUAGCCCCGAAGAAAACCCCAGUUCUUCUCCAGCAUAUGAUAAUAUGAAUAAGAGCAUAGAAGAGAGAAUUAAUAACAGGCCCAUGUCUAAUGGAGCAUGCAUUGAGCAAGAAGAUAAAGAGAAUAUUCCAGAAGACAGCAGUACAGUCUCCAAACGAUUCCGGUUUGAUGAUUCUUUGCAAUAUCCUCAAGAACUCCCAACAGACUUAGUAUGUUAACAAAUGCACUCCUGCAGGUUAUCUUGAAUUGUAUUUAUGAUUCUAAAUUAAUCUGGUGGCAUGUGGUUUGAGAUGAUAGCUUGGCCACAACUGCAUUUUUGUUAUUCUGGGAAUGCACUUUCAGUUGAUCUUGUUUGGACCCUUCUUUGUGCUGCCAUUGCUGGCAAUGGGCAUGACCCCCUGAGAGACUGGAGUCUUGGCACCUGAAGUGGCUUGUUUUUGGAGGCAAACAGGUAACUGGGUAUAUUUGCACUUUCUACAUUCAAAACAUGGCAUUUUGGUCUGAUCAUUGAUAAAGUAGGUAAGAGUAUUUUUUAAAGUUAGCAAUAGAGCCAAGUUCUAAGCCAAAGAGUGAUGUGAUAAUACAUACGCAUUUGUAUUGUAAUUGAAACUACAUGAACUUGGCAGCGUGAAGAAAUGAGUCCUUUUGUUCAUUCCUAGAAGAACAUUCUCAUCCUGUCAUUGUUUGUUGAAAAAAGUCAAAUUGUUAACAGUAUAUAGUAUAGUCCAGUAAGCCUUUUUUCAUGUCUAUGUUUUUACUUGGACUAAUCACUAAAGUGCUAGGACUGGAUUUCUGAUUAGCCACCUUUUUUUUUUUUACAUGUUUACUCAGAAGGGGGCCUUAUUGCCUCAUUUAUGGGAAAAUGAGUUUUCAGUUGUGGAUCAGUUCCACAUGGAACAUACAUUGGUGUUCACGUUCAUUUUUUUUGUUUGUUAUAGAGAUAAUUUUUGGAUUGAAUUGAAUGCAAACUUUGAAAUCUUCAAUUUCUUGUUUAUAUAAAUAAGAUGGAAGAGAUUGAAAAUACUUCUGGUGCCAAAAGAAAAAUAUAUACCCUGCAUUUUUUCUUUAGGAAGUAAUGUUUUUUCCAUGCCCAAUACCAAGCUAUUUGGAGACAAUAACCUUGUAAUAUUAUGAAUUCAACAAAUUAAAUAUUCUGAGGUUUAAAUUUGAAAAUAAGAUCUUCCAGAAAAAUGUACAGGGUCAGGUAAUGGUAUUAAAUUAUCUCCUCCCAAAUUAAAAAUACAAUUAUUUCUGUGCUAUGUAAAUUGAAACUGCUUAUCUUGUCCAACAAAGAUGGUAGUAAUAGCACAAUCCUAUUUCUGUGAACGGAGAAGGAAAUCCCAGUUUGUUAAUGGAUUUUACUUCCAAGGAAGGUGGUACAAAAAAAUUGCUAACUGAAAUAAUGUAAUGGCAAUACGAAUAUUUCAUUAAUAUUCAUUAGAAUAAAUAAAGCAAAGAAAAAUAGAGAAAACAGAAUCAGUCUUUGUGACAUUAAGUAUCUAAUUAAUUCAGAUGCACAUUAAUGUCCAGUCCUGAAAUGUGCCAUGUUAGGGAUUAGAUUAGGGUUUGCUCUCGGUUUACUAGCCUCAUCUCACAAAUAACAAGACGAACUGCAUCCAUAAGGGGUAAUGCAGAAAGGAGAAAAAAAUGGUGCAAUUUCAAGACCAGAGUCUAAAAUUAGUACAAAAUUUCAAUACUGAAAGCCAUAUUUUCUUCUGAUUUUCAGUUAAAAAGCCAAUAUGCAAUGCAUGGGUUCCCCUACCCAUAGAUACAUUAAUCUAAUUUAAUUUUUAGAAUUGGUACUUUAAGGAAGUCUUUAAAAAAAAGAUCAUAAUACAUUAAUAUAUUUUACUAAGAAAGAAAGAUAAGUGAAAGAGUAUGCCACAAUAACAAUUAUUAUAGCACUUUAUAAAAAAUGUAUAUGAUACAAUAAAUAUUUCUGUUGUGGUUUUUUUUUUUUCAGUUUACAUUUCUCACUCUUUCCUUCCAGUCUUAAAUCUUUUUUAAUGUUUUGAGUACAUGAGUAAUUUUUGCCUUCAGUUGAGAGAAUUUUUGAGAUUUUAUAAAUACUUGUAUAUGUAUGUAAAUUUGGGAUACGACUUGAAUCUGACAGUUCUAAAUUUUGAAUAUAUCUAAUUUUGUAAGUUUUCCUAGUUAAUGCGUACAUUUGUAUAUAAUUUUAUUGGAAUUAUAAUUGUUCUCUGACUUCUUUUUUUGUGUUCAAUAUCAAUGGGACUUUGUAAGUGGUUACUGGCACAGAGAGAAUGAAUUUUAAAAGGGUUAUUUCUCAACUAGAUAAAAAAAAAUGAUUCCUAAAAAAGAAUAAU